AUGAAGUACGGACGGGAGAGAGCCAUGAGCCCUGUGGCACCUUCAACCACAGAAAGGAAUGUGUCCGAAGUAGCGGAAUGUAUCGCCGCAGUGUUUGGCAUGAGCAUCACCCUAUCGUCCGGCGGCUACUGUGCGUACCAGAAACAUGUAGGUGAAGGAUCAGCUGAGCGCAGGUGAGGAGUCGGACGUAGCUUAUCAAAUCCUAUGCUAUGACUGUCCCCGCAGUUAUACAGGCCAGACAGGACGAUGAGUCGGCACGCAAAUAUUCGAGCACAAAAGGGCCGCCUGGAAAGAUGACCCAAUGUAUCAAGUCGCUACUCAUAUGCUGGAGGAAGACCUCAAGGUGGACUUCGCGAGCCAACAACAAAACGGCGUGGGGAGGGCUGGACACCUGUGACACCAGAUCCAUCAGCAGACACGUUGAUAUACCCCGAGCUGUCCCGCGCUACGCCCGCGCAGCCAGGUGACGCGGCCAACUUCCCGGCCAAGGACACACACACACACUGUUACCACACAGUUAGACCACGCCGGGUUGGUCGGCGCGACCUCGGACCAGCCACGGGCGCUAACUCUCCUCCUUACCUCCCCCCUCCCUUGUCGCUUAGCCACAAAACUAUUCACUUGCUGCUGCUGCUGCUGCUGCUGCUGCUGCUGCUGCUGCUGCUGCUGCUGCUGCUGCUGCUGCUGCUGCUGCUGCUGCUGCUGCUGCUGCUGCUGCUGCUGCUGCUGCUGCUGCUGCUGCUGCUGCUGCUGCUGCUGCUGCUGCUGCUGCUGCUGCUGCUGUUACUGCUCCCUCAUCGUCUCUGAUGCUGGGGCUCUGCACGGGUCAAACAUCUCUGGCUGUUCCACUGAAUCCCCGUUCGUCGCUCUUGCAAUAA